CUUUCCGGUUAUGGAGGUUUGUUGAAAGGCAUUUAAACGCAGCAGUGCCUCUGGACUACGAGAACGAUCCAGCAUUAGGAACUAGAAACCACAUUUAUUUAUAAAAAACUAAACAUAGUUCAAGAUGCCCGUGGCUGUCGGUCCGUACGGACAGACCCAGCCCAGCUGCUUCGACCGGGUCAAGAUGGGCUUCAUGAUGGGCUUCGCCGUGGGCAUGGCCGCCGGCGCCAUGUUCGGCACCUUCUCCUGCCUCAGGGUCGGCAUGCGCGGCCGGGAGCUGAUGGGCGGAGUCGGGAAGACCAUGAUGCAGAGCGGGGGGACGUUCGGCACCUUCAUGUCCAUCGGGAUGGGCAUCCGCUGCUGAGGAAGCCCCGCCUCCUCGCAGCUAACGGGACUCUUCCAGUGACUCCGGCGCCUCUCUGCCCGCCGUCGACCGUCUAGUUGUCAAUAAAUGUUGUCCAGAUCGUCA